UUUAGAUCAUUCGGUUGAAAUAGCCAUUAUAGAAUCAAAUCAUCUGUUUUGUUCAGUUAUUUUCUUUUUGACAAUUUUGAUAAAAAAAAAUGGAUAAAUCAAUCGAUCUUUUAUCACUACGUUUGGCUGAUAUUGAACAACGGCUUUAUGGUUUCAAUCCAGAUUUUUCAACCAAAAUAUCUGCCGAACAUCAAAAUGCAAUACAUGCCGUAGCACCACAUAACGUAAAUCUUAUAGGAAUGAUUGCCGAAAUCGAAGCUAAAUUGAAAUCUUUAACCAUGGGUAAAGAUCGAUUUAAUCAAUGUUAUAAUGAACUACUACGGUUGCAAAAAUGGCUUCGAGAAGAUGAUCAAAUGGAUUUAUUGAUUCGAACAUUUGGUAGUCAUGCAUCUGUGGUGAAAUUCGAACAAGUUCUUGCAUUUGAAGAUGAAAUCCGUUCUGAUUUUGAACGUAUUGGUCAAAUUGAACGAUUAAAGCCGACACUGGAUCAGACACAUCUGAGUCGAAUGGCUGAACUUGAACCAAAAUUAGUUCGAUUAAAAUUACAACUAUUGGCCGCUCAACAACAAUCCAAAGAAUUGGAUCACGAAACAAAAGAAUUGAUUGAACGAUUCAAAAUUUGGUACGGUGAUUUAAUGGGCAAUUUUCAGCGAAUUCAUGAAAAUCUUUGCCAAUUGGAACGUCAACAUGAUGCAACUAAAUACGAUCUAUAAAAUCAAAAAAUCUACUUAAAUAAUUUAUUAAUUUUUUUAAAAAAAUUAUAAUUUACAUCUUAUAAUAAAACACAAAAAUCAUAUGAUGU